CAACACCUCGAGAUAUUCUAGGAAGGUUGCAAAGCGGUUCAAAAUGCCCUUCCUCACAAACUUUACUCUCCCCAGCUCGGCACAGCAUCUUGAGGUGUCCGAUGCUGCGCUAUUCCUCGUCUUCGUGUCCUCCGAGGACCCCGCCACGCGACAAGCCUGGUGCCCGGAUGUCCGUGCCGCCUGGCCCACGAUCACGGCGACCUUCUCGGGAGAGGACAGCCCCAAAUUGGCGGUGAUUGAGGUGGGACAAAAACCGGAAUGGAGGGACCCACAAAAUGUCUACCGGAACCACUGGAACGUGAAGUGCAUUCCGGCCCUGGUGCGGUAUCAACGUGUUCAGGGCGAGGUGGUGGAGACGGGGAGAUUGGUCGAGCGGGAGAUUAUUGACCAGGAGAAAUUGCAGGAGUUUAUUGGCUUGUCGCGGUGAUGGUGACAUGCGGAGUCCUCAGGCCGGCCGAAUUCCGGC